AUGCAUGCUGAAAGUACUUGGAAAGAUUUAGGACAUAAUCAAGAUUCAUGUAAAGAUCUGUAUGCUCAAUUACGUAAGUAUCAACUUCAUUUAGAGCCAUACGAUACACCCUUCUUGGAUAACUUAUUCCUGCUUGAAUUUGUGGCUCAGGAUAAAAUUGAAAAUGAUGCUAGGAGUCUGAUAAAUGCUGCAUAUGAUACUCUAGAAGAAGAUAAUGAUGAAAAUAAUGAUUUGAUUCUAAAAUUACUUCCUGAAAAUAAUGAUGAUUCUGAACCUAAGGAUGACAUUGAAUUAGAUGAAGAAACUGAAGAAAUUGAAGAUUAUGACCCAGCACAAUUAGCUUCUAAUUACCUAAGUGAUUAG